CGGCCAAGUCCUGGGGAGAAGAUCCUUCGAGGGCCGGAUCUGCGCCUGCCCGGGCAGGGACCGCAAGGCUGAUGAGGACCACUACCGGGAGCAGCAGGCCUUGAAUGAGAGCGCAGCCAAGAACGGCAGCACCAACAAACGCACAUUCAAGCAGAGCCCACAGGGCAUGCCAGCACUAGGGGCCGGCAUUAAGAAGCGGCGGCACGGGGAGGAGGAGAUGUAUUACGUGCCUGUGCGAGGCCGGGAAAACUUCGAGAUCCUGAUGAAGAUAAAGGAGAGCCUGGAGCUGGUGGAGCUGGUCCCACAGCAGCUGGUUGACUCCUACCGGCAGCAGACGACCCAGCUGCAGGCACCAUCCUCCUACGGCCCCGUCCUUUCGCCCAUGAACAAGGUCCACAGCGGAGGGAUCAACAAGCUGCCCUCUGUGAACCAGCUGGUGGGGCAGCCCUCGCAGCACGGCGCCG